ACAAAAGAGAAAUAGAAGAGCCGGACCAAACAUAUAACCUUUUGAAAUGAAUGAUCACAUUUUCUCAGUUUCAUAAACCCAGCAAACAAAAAAAGAAGCAACCUCUCUGAAAGAAAGGUUCCGACUUUGAAUCUUUACUAGAUCCUUCUCAGCUCGGUCGAUGGAUGAUAGAGAUAAAGCUCUUGAAGAAGAACAUAAAGGGUCUCUCCAUUCUCCACCGCAAAGGGAUGGAGAUUAUGCUGAGAUUGCAGAGGAAGAGCAGCUAUGGAGGAGGCGAGGAGGCAUUGUCUCAUCAAGACCACCAGAAGAACAACAGGGAGAGGAGGAUCUAUCGAGACGUAACGCGUCCUUAACAUCAAGCCCUGUUGCCAAAAGAGUCAACUUUUCUCCACUGUCCAGCCCUAGAAUCGGCCAGCGUGGUGCUUCCCUCAGUCCUCCUUGUUCCUCCUCUUCAAGAAACAGACCUAAUAAUAAUAAUAAUAAUAAUAAUAAUAAUAAUAGCCUGAAGAAUCUGAUCCCAAAGCUGAGCUUCAAAAACAAGAACAGCAACAUGGAUAUCGAGAAAGCUGCGGGUUUGGCCUUCGGUGCGUCCUCUCCUUCUUCAGGAAACGGCAGGGAGAGAUCUACCGCAUGGACUCUCAGUAAUAUUUUAACGGAAACUGAGUCGUUGCCUGUGACCCCCAUAGCUCACUCGAACCCUGGGUCCACACAUGGGAGAUAUGUGGUUGCUUCCACGAAGAAAGGGUCUGCACUGCCUAUUCACCGAUCACGCUCUGUUCCAGCUUUCAACAAAGACGGAAGUCUAAGGCCAUCAGGUGUUUUCCGGGUGAUUCUUACUCCCAACAUGACCCCAACCAGAAACAUUAAUAAACUCAACGACACGAGUGUUGAUGAUGGAGGAGAAGAUGUCCCUGAGGAAGAAGCUGUGUGCAGAAUCUGCCUUGUCGAAUUAGGAGAAGAUUCAGAAGCCUUCAAGAUGGAAUGCUUGUGUAGAGGUGAAUUAGCACUUGCACACAAAGAAUGUACGAUCAAAUGGUUCACCAUUAAAGGAAACCGAACGUGUGAUGUGUGCAAGCAAGAGGUUCAGAACCUCCCCGUGACCCUUCUCCGCAUGCAGGAUUCUCAGGUUGGGGCUACCGAGGCUACUACUCACUACAGUGUAUGGCAGGAUGUUCCGGUUCUUGUCAUUGUCAGCAUGCUUGCAUACUUCUGUUUCCUCGAGCAGCUUCUGCUAGCCAAAAUGAAAUCAGGCGCCAUUGCAAUCUCUUUACCGUUCUCUUGUGUUUUUGGUCUUCUUGCCUCGAUGAUGUCCACAACAAUGGUGAAGAAGAAAUAUGUAUGGAUUUACGGCACAGUUCAGUUCGGUCUUGUAGUUUUAUUCUCUCACAUUUUCGUCUUAUUGGUUCACAUGCAACCGGUUGUGUCUAUUCUCUUAGCCACAUUGGUUGGUUUCGGACUCACCAUGAGCGGCACAACGGGUAUAGUCCAGUUUUCGAAAUGGAGGAGACGCAGGAGGACAGCUGAACCUCCAAGCAGUAGUCAGGUGGAUCCACCACCAGUUCAGAGCAUCUCUGGAUCAUGAAAACUGAAGCUAGAGCUCUGAGCGGUUUAUGGUACCAAAUCAAACCAUUUCGGUUCGAUUUUUCAGGACAUCUGGAUGGUGAUCCAUCUAAUUUAGAGACGUGAGAAUAGAUUUGUCAUUUGGGUGAUCUCUUUUGUGUGUGAGUGUCAGUGUAUAUUAGCUGCUGUGUUCUAAAAGGCUGUUUUGGGUACUUUUUUGUACAAAGAAAAAUACAUACAAAGGAAGUGUUUUGGCUUGUAUAAAUUUUAUAUCAUUAUGGACAGUUAUCUCUGGCAAGUAUAGUACUUGAAACAAACCUAUGGGCGAUAUUUUUUAUCUGAUAAAUAAUAUUUCAUCCGUUAAUGAAAGAUGAUUUUUCUAGAGUAUUUAUUUACCCAUAAAUGAAUAGAAUUACAUAAAAUUUGGUAAAUUCGGGAAGGAGAAUAUAUAUAUUCAUCAUGUAAUGGACAUGAACAACAUGGAAAUAACUCAAUAGAAGAAACAACUUGAACAGUCUUGACACUUAGAAGAAACUCUCGUCAAAAGAUCAAACAAAUACCGCCAGAAACAGGCACACAAA